AUGGCCGACCCAAAGACGACUAAGCCAGUCACUGAAGCUGCAGACGACGCAAAGGCUGGUCUUGCAGGUGGGCGCAAGGAGAAUUCGCUUGUGCCUGCUCCUGAGGGUCCUGCCGCGGGUGUUCUCGGUACUGCUGGAAUUCCCCCUGUUGGCGCACGCAAGACUUUUGACCAGGUCCAAGAGGAAAAGAAUGCAAAGGGCGACAAGAGCAGCUUGAAGAUCCGCAUUGAGUUGGACUUGGAUGUCGAAGUGCAUUUGACCGCAAGAGUCAGAGGUGACAUUACCAUUGGGUUGCUGACUGCAUAG